CGGCGCAGGCAGCACUGACCUGAAAACAACAAGACACAGCCACAUUUCUACCGACAACGGCUCAUGACACCAUUGUAGAGACCCCCAAGUCUAGUUUUAACAAUGGAGAAACCUCCCUUCAGGCAGAACCAGAACUGCGGAGACUGGGAGCUGAGAGAGAGGCUGGGAAUGGGCGGCUUUGCCCAUGUUUACCUCUACCAACAUCAUGAAACAAAUGAAAAACUGGCAGUGAAGAUGUGUCGUCUGGAGCUCACGCCAAGAAAUAAGGACAGAUGGAGCAGAGAAAUCCAGAUCAUGAAAAAAUUAAAUCACAUAAAUGUUGUGACAGCCCGAGAUGUCCCGGAGGAGAUGAAGCACAUAGCCUUAAAUGAUCUUCCACUGCUAGCCAUGGAGUACUGCUCCAGAGGAGACCUGAGGAAGGUGCUGAGCAAACCUGAAAACUGCUGCGGUUUGAAGGAGAGCGAAGUGCUUUCAUUACUGAAUGAUGUUGGAUCUGGUAUCCAGUAUCUGCACGAAAACAAGAUCAUCCACAGAGAUCUUAAACCUGAAAACAUAGUGCUGCAAAAUAUCAGCGGAAAGCUCGUUCACAAAAUCAUUGACCUGGGCUACGCAAAAGACCUUGACCAGGGUAGUCUGUGUACCUCAUUUGUCGGCACGCUGCAGUACCUGGCACCUGAGCUCUUUGAGAAUAAGCCAUACACAGUCACUGUGGACUACUGGAGCUUUGGCACAAUGAUAUUUGAAUGCAGUUGUGGUUUUCGUCCUUUCUUGCACAACCUGCAACCUGUGCAGUGGGCCAGCAAAGUACGGAAUAAAGGUCCAAAGGACAUCAUGGCUGUAGAGGAAUUAAACGGAGAAGUCAGAUUCUCCACACACCUUCCCUACCCCAACAAUCUGAGCAGGACUCUGUUGGAGCCGAUGGAGGCUCUGCUUCAGCUGAUGUUAAAGUGGGAUCCUGUCCAGAGAGGAGGCAAACUGAACUCCGACACUAAGAAACCCCUGUGCUUUGAAGUGCUGGAGCAGAUACUGAGUAUGAAAGUUGUGCACAUCCUGAACAUGACCACAGCUCAGGUCCACUCCUUCCAGCUGACUCCGGACGAGAGUCUCCACAGUUUGCAGAAGCGCAUUGAGGCAGAGACCAGGAUCGAAGUGGUGAACCAGGAGCUGCUGCAGGAGACGGGCGUGUCACUGGACCCCCGGAAGCCUGCUGCACAGUGUGUCCUGGAUGGAGUGAGAGGCUGGGACAGCUAUAUCGUCUACCUGUUUGACAAGAGCAUCACCAAGUACUCCGGUCCCUUCAGUGCCAGACAGCUGCCUGACAAAGUCAAUACUAUUGUCCAAGAGGCCAAGACCCAGCUGCCCCUGGUUGCACUGAAGAAGGUUUGGGGUGAAGCAGUGAGCUACAUCUGCGGUCUGAAGGAGGACUACAGCAGACUUUUCCAAGGACAGAGGGCUGCUAUGUUGAGCCUCCUGCGCUACAACACCAACCUGACCAGGUGUAAGAACAGCAUGUUCGGCUUCUCUCAGCAGCUGAAAGCCAAACUGGACUUCUUCAAGAGCAGCAUCCAGUAUGACCUGGAGAAAUACAGUGAUCAGAUGCACUAUGGCAUAUCCUCUGAGAAGAUGCUGAAAGCCUGGCAGGAGAACGAGGAGAGAGCUGCUGCGUUUGCACAGGUGGCAGAGGUGAGCCAUUUGGAUGAUGAGAUCAUGGCUCUGCACUCUGAGAUAGUGGAACUUCAGAGGAGCCCGUACGCUCGACGCCAAGGAGACAAGAUGGAGCAGCUAGAAGAAAAGGCCAUCGAGCUCUAUAAGCAACUGAAGAUGAAGUGCAAAAUACCUGAGCCAGAUGUGAGCAGUGACAGUUCUGAGAUGGUGAAGGCCAUCAUUCAGACAGUCCAGAACCAAGACAAGGUCCUCAAAGAUCUGUACACCCACCUCAGUAAAAUCCUAAUCAGCAAACAGAAGAUCAUUGACUUGUUUCCGCGAAUUGAGAAAACUCUGGAGAGCAUCAAGGAUGCGGACAACACAGUGAUGCAGAUGCAGAUAAAGAGACAGAGAGAGUUCUGGCAUCUACUGAAGAUUGCAUGUGCUCAAAACUCGUCACGCAGCUCGAUAGCAGCCAGUCCCGAGUCGUCCAACCUGCUGCAGGUUUCUCAGUGGUCACAGUCAGCACAGCCUGUCAGCUCCCCACAUCCUCUCACCUCCCUACCUGGGCCAAAUGACAGUGAUGCUGCCCCACGUCUGCUGCAGGAGAACCAGAAGUACCUCAGUCAGCUGACCAGCCUGAUGCAGGAGGCUGCUGAUGAACAGGGCAAGAGCAUAGUGGACCAAGACUGGAGCUGGACAAAAUACGAAACUUUAACAACAAAAUUAAAAAAGCGAAAUGCGUAAGACCUGUCAUGUCCUCCAUCCCUGCUUGUGCUCCGAGUAACACUAAGGACUGUGAGCUGUUAACUCAGCAGAAAGGCACCAAACCUUGUAUAGUUGUACAUGGACUCGGGAUAUUCUCUUAAAAAUGGUUCUCUUGAUCUACUUUUUAAAAAAAACAAAAAAAAAAACAA